AUGCCUGCUCCCAUUGAAAAUGUCGACCACCUCGUUGUCAUCCGCGACCUGCACGACGAUGAGAACCUGGUGAUCAAGGAGUUCGAGCGUCACGCCCGACGCUGCUCACUGUGCAGCGAUCCCCUCCAGACACACAAGCAAGGACGCAACCUCUGCGAGCGAGGUCGUCCGCACGCACUGGACGUCGAAAAGUACCUGUACAGCAAGAACAACAAGCAUUUCUCGGUCGUGGACCAAGAGAACGGCAAGUCAAUGCGGGUCAAGCUGCCGCACAACAAUCUCGCCGUUCGUAGCCUGCUGGCGGCCAUCGAGGAUGGCCUGCUCCUCAGCCACGACCGGACCUACCCCGUCAGCUCUCGUCGGCCUGUCAUCCAGCAGAUCCGGCCUCGCUCGUACUCUCCUGCGCCUGUCCGCCCUCGUUCUCACUCUCCCGACCCCGCCCACGAGAUCAUUGAGCGGGAACCACGCAGGUCCAAGCACCAUGUCAUCGUCUACCACUCUCCACGGGGCUCUCCUAGUCGCGGCUCGCCCAGCCGUGGCUCGCUGUACCACACCGACCGCAUGGACCGGGUUGAGCGCCGGUACGAGUCGUCGCGGGUCUACCGUCCGUCCGACUACCGCCGCUGA